GGGCUGGACUGGGGAUACUGGGCUGUACUGGGAUAGUCUGAACUUAUACUGGGCUGGGGUAGCCUGUGCUGGGCCCUGCUUGGCUGUACUGGGUUAUAGUGGGCUGUACUGGGUUAUACUGGGUUCUGCUGGGCCGUACUGGGCCAUACUGGGCUAUACUGGGCCGUGCUGGCGCCUCGGGGCGCGCGUCGCUGCCGUCAUGGAGCGCUUCGUGGCGGGGAACCGGGCGGCCCUGCAGGACCACAUCCAGCAGCACCAGGAGAUCCACGUGGUGAUGGGCAACGAGGCCUGUGACCUGGACUCCACCGUCUCCGCGCUGGCCCUGGCUUAUUUCCUCGCCCAGACCAGCCCGGCUCCCAAAGCCGCCUUCGUGCCCGUGCUCAACAUCCCCCGCGCCGACUUCGCGCUGCGGACGGAGACCACGUUCCUGCUGCGGGAGCGGGGCGUGCCGGCCGCCGCGCUGGUGUUUCGGGACGAGAUCGACCUGGCGGGGCUGCACCGCGCCGGGCUGCUCUCCCUGACGCUGGUCGAUCACCACGUCCUGCCCGGCAGUGCUGAUGCUGCCCUGGAGGAGGCCGUGGUGGAGGUCCUGGACCACCGGCCGCUGGAGCGGGACCGCGGGCCCCCGUGCCAGGUGACCGUGGAGCCCGUGGGCUCCUGCGCCACGCUGGUGACCGAGCGGAUCCUGCAGGGCCCCCCGGGCGUGCUGGACAGAACCACGGCCGCGCUGCUGCACGGCACCAUCCUGCUGGACUGCAUCAACCUGAGCCCGGCCGCGGGCAAGGUGACGCCCCGGGACGUGGCCUGCGUGGCCCUGCUCGAGGAGAGGUUCCCGGAGCUGCCGGCCCGCGACGCCGUGUUCGGAGCCCUGCAGGCGGCCAAGUUUGAUGUCACAGGGCUGACGACGGAGCAGAUGCUGCGGAAGGACCUCAAAGUCCUCUCCAACGACGAGGCUGUCGUCGGCAUCAGCGGCGUCUUCGAGGACCUGGAAACGUUCCUGCUGCGGCCUGGCUUGCUGCAGGAGCUGGAGGCGUUCUGCCAGGCCCGUGGCUACGCGGGGCUGGUGGCCAUGACCGUGUCCUUCAACGAGCGCCACGAGCCCACGCGGAAGCUCGCGGUGUACAGCGCGCAGGAGCCGCUGCGCAGCACGCUGUGCCGGGCGCUGGAGGAGGCGACGUCGCCGUCGCUGCAGCUGCGGCCGCUGCCGAGCCCCUGGCCCCGCGUGGCCGCCUACGCCCAGGGCAACGCCGUGGCCGCUCGGAAGAAGGUGCUGCCCAUCCUGCGGGCAGCCCUGGGGGGCCUGGGGGCCGCCGGGGGUCCCGAGGAGGAGGUGGUGCCCCCGCCCACCCCCAUGAACAGCCUGGUGGAGGAGUGUCCCCUGGCGCAGGCCGUGCCGCCGCUGUGUCCCCAGGAUGUCCUGGAGCGCGUCAGCCGCAUCGCCGCGGGGCAGCCCCCCGGCUCCCCGAAAUAGCAGCAGGCACCCCCGGGGUUUGUUGAGGUCUGGAUGAGAAGUUGGGGUCCCUGAGUGUGGCCCCGUGGCGUGCCUGGGUGUGGGGGGGUUGCAGCUGCCUGUGGUAGAGCUCAGCUCCUGGUCCCCGUCGUGGUUUGUCCCCCCCAGUGGCUCCCUCCGCCCCAGUGGGCCCCAGGGUGGGAUUUUGGGGAUGCCGUGGAGUUGCACCCUCUUAAUGAAGGCGUUGGGGUGGGGGAGUUAAGGAGUUCUUGAUGAUCUUCCUUGGGGGGCAGAGGGGGGCCCCAGAGGGGGGGUCCGGACAUGCAGCCGUCCAGAACUGUCACUGUUCUCCAAGGAUUAAAUCUCCCUUUUCUUCCA